AUGACUUUAACGAAACAGGAUUUCAGUGCGGGACUUCCACCACCAUCUGAGCUGGGCAUUGCUGGCAUGGACAGCAGCAGAGGGAAGGAAAAAGCUGUGUUGGAAUCCUUGGCAGGAGGAGACCCCUUUGGAUCAGUGGAGCCUGUCAAAAAGCCCUCGGGAAGGCUGAUUAUGCACAGCAUGGCCAUGCUCGGCCGGGAGUUCUGCUAUGCAGUGGAGGCUGCCUUUGUCACCCCGGUGCUGCUCAGUGUGGGGCUGCCCAAGAGCCUCUACAGCCUGGUGUGGCUCAUCAGCCCCAUCCUGGGCUUUGUGCUGCAGCCUGUGGUGGGAUCAGCCAGUGACCACUGCACCUCUGGCUGGGGCAAGCGGCGCCCUUACAUCCUGGCUCUGGGCAUUAUGAUGUUGCUGGGUAUGGCUUUGUACCUCAAUGGGGACAUGAUGGUCUCAGCUUUGAUCCCCGAGCGAGGCAAGCAGCGGACCUGGGCCAUAGUGAUAACCAUGCUGGGCGUAGUGCUCUUUGAUUUUGCAGCUGACUUUAUCGAUGGUCCCAUCAAAGCGUAUUUAUUUGAUGUUUGUUCUCAUCAGGAUAAAGAGAAGGGUCUUCAUUACCAUGCUCUCCUCACAGGUCUGGGUGGUGCCCUGGGUUACCUAACAGGUGCUAUGGAUUGGGGGAAUUCUGUACUAGGAAGAUUUUUGGGAUCGGAAUUCCAGGUGAUGUUCAUCAUUGCGGCUUUGGUUUUCCUAAUCUGUCUUACUGUACACUUGUGCAGCAUUCCCGAAGCCCCUCUCAGAGAUGACAGUACAGAAACUAAGCUCUUGCUGAAAGUGGAUGGACCCUCCGAGUAUGGUUCCAUCGAGAGCGUCAACAAUGGUUAUUUAAAACCAGGAUAUGCUGAAAAAAAGACUUUAUCUGAGCACCAUGGUGUUCAGACACGGAUGACCGUUAAAUGCCUUCUGAAGGCACUUUUAAGUAUGCCUUCCCACUAUCGCUGUCUGUGCGUCAGCCACCUCAUCGGGUGGACAGCUUUCCUUUCCAACAUGCUCUUCUUCACUGACUUCAUGGGACAGAUAGUAUACCACGGAAAUCCUUAUGCGCCACAUAACUCCACAGCUUACCUUACCUAUGAAAGAGGAGUCGAGAUUGGAUGUUGGGGCUUGUGCAUCAAUGCAAUUUCUUCAUCGCUCUAUUCCUACUUGCAAAAAGCUCUUCUGCCUUGUAUAGGAUUAAAGGGACUUUAUUUCAUUGGAUACCUGCUUUUUGGGAUAGGCACUGGGUUUAUUGGACUGUUUCCCAAGGUAUAUUCUACUCUGGCUCUGUGCUCGCUCUUUGGAGUCAUGUCCAGCACACUGUACACUGUCCCGUUCAACCUCAUUGCAGAAUAUCACAGGGAGGAAGAGAAUCAAAAGGAACAGAAUGGAGGAGAAGCUGAGGCCACUGGAAGAGGGAAGGGAAUUGACUGCGCGGCUCUCACUUGCAUGGUGCAGCUGGCACAGAUCAUUGUUGGAGUGGGUCUGGGGUUCUUGGUCAGUGCUGCAGGCAGUGUAAUAGUGGUUGUGAUUUGUGCAUCUGCUGUGGCAUUAACAGGCUGUUGCUUUGUUGCUUUCUUUGUUCGGUAUGUGGAAUAG